AUGAGCGAGGAAGCGGAACACCAAGCGGAAGAAGAGAUGGAGAAAUCCGGUGGGGAGUCCUCACUGGAUAGACCGGCUCUCUCAAGGGUUGUCCCAAACGAGUCUUCGAUAUCCGGUGGUGUGAACCUGGAUAGGGAGCGUUCGAUCAAACGAAGUUUAUCGGAGUUGGCCAACAGAUGUAUGUUCGAAUUGUCACCAGAAAUCGGUGAGUUCCUGGGCCAGCGUUUAUAUCACCGUUAA